AUGGCUGAAAACUGCAAGAUCACAAUAUCCAUCGACCGCGGAGGCACCUUCACCGACGUUCACGCUGUCGUCCCUGGUCGUCCCGAUAUCAUCCUCAAGCUGCUCUCCGUCGACCCCGCACACUACCAAGAUGCGCCAACAGAAGGUGUCCGCCAGAUCCUGGAGCUGGUUACAGGCAAACCACAUCCGAGAGGCCAGCCAUUAGAGCUUGGUCCUAUUGAGAGCCUUCGAAUGGGAACAACAGUGGCCACAAAUGCUUUGUUAGAACGGAAGGGGGCGCGGUCCGCCUUGCUCACUACGAAGGGAUUUCGUGACCUGCUCCGGAUCGGGGACCAAUCGCGUCCUAAUAUUUUCGAUCUGACAAUGGCGCGGCCAGGAAUGCUCCCCGAGGCCGUAGUGGAAAUUGACGAGCGAAUCGUACCUGUCCAUCCGGCGUCGGACAAGGACUGCUUCUCCGGUGCGCGGCUCGUAGAGGGCGUCACUGGCGAGAAGUUCCGCGUUGUCAAGGAGCUUGAUAUCGAAAAGGUCCGUCCAGAACUUGAGCGAUUGAAAGAAAAAGGGUAUCAGUCCUUGUCCGUGGCCUUGGUACAUUCGUAUGUGUAUCCCGAGCACGAACGACUUAUCGGGGAGUUGGCAGAGCAAAUGGGAUUCUCGGUUACAUUGUCAUCCAAGUUACAGCCAAUGAUCAAGAUCGUGCCCCGAGGAAUGUCUGCUGCGGCCGAUGCCUACCUGACGCCAGUGAUCAAGACCUACAUCGACUCCAUCUCUUCCAGUUUCGAGGGCGGCCUUGCUAACCAGCAUAGCUGCCGGUUCGAAUUCAUGCAGUCUGAUGGAGGCCUUGUGGACUUCCGCAAGUUCAGUGGACUGAAGGCGAUUCUGUCCGGACCUGCGGCUGGUGUUGUCGGGUUUGCCGCUACCAGCUGGGAUGCCGAGGAGAAGACGCCCGUGAUCGGCUUUGAUAUGGGAGGCACAUCGACGGAUGUUUCGCGAUUUGACGGGCAUUUAGAGCACGUUUUCGGGUCUAAACUAGCCGGUGUUCAGAUCCAAUCCCCUCAGCUGGAUAUCAACACUGUUGCUGCGGGUGGUGGCUCAAUUCUGAACUGGCGCAACGGUCUCUUCUACGUCGGACCGGAGUCGGCGUCCGCUCAUCCCGGCCCUGCUUGUUACCGAAAAGGGGGUCCACUGACGGUGACCGAUGCAAAUCUCUUCCUCGGCCGUCUGCUACCGGAGUUUUUCCCCCAUAUUUUUGGAGAGAAUGAAGAUCAACCACUUGAUCUUGAGGUCACUACGAAGAAGUUCAAAGAGUUAACCGAUACCGUCAAUGCUGAGCGAAGGCAGAAAGGUGAAUCCGAGUAUACACCUGAAGAGGUCGCGCUCGGUUUCCUGAAGGUUGCCGAUGAGUCGAUGGCUCGUCCGAUCAGGAAUCUUACUGAAGCUCGAGGUUUCGAGACCGCGACACACCACCUCGCAUCUUUUGGCGGUGCCGGAGGACAACAUGCCUGCCCAGUGGCAGCAUCACUGGGCAUCUCCCGCAUCAUUAUUCACAAGUUCUCUUCAGUUCUCUCAGCGUACGGUCUGGCCUUGGCGGAAGUGGUCAAGGAGUCGCAAGAGCCGCUCUCCACUCAAUACGAGUCCUCCAAGCCAGAGCUUAAGAAGAAGCUAGCUGAAAUGACGGAGGCUGCAGUAGAAGACAUGAAGGAGCAGGGCUUCUCAUCAGACCAGGUCCGACACGAGCGCUACCUAAACCUGCGCUAUGACGGCUCUGACACCAGUCUGAUGAUCUUGGAGCCGGAAGAUGGCUCUGAUUUCAUUGAGCAGUUCCGAGAGCGGCAUCGCCGUGAGUUCGGAUUCAACUCUGACAGACCCGUACUGGUGGAUGAUAUCCGUGUCCGCACGAUCGCUGCAUCGAAGGUCAGAGACGAGAAGAGUCCCUUGGUGCAGCUUCGGGAAGCCAAAAUACGCGACAUCACAAGCUCCCCUGAUCUCAUUACAAAAACAUUCUUUGACGGACAGAAAGGGCGGGUUGAUACCCCGGUGUUCAAAUUGGACAAUAUCGAGAAGAACUCCCGUAUCCACGGGCCCGCUAUCAUCAUAGACAAUACGCAGACAAUAGUUGUUGUUCCCAAUGCAGUGGCCAAUGUACUAGAGACUUGCAUCUUGAUUGACCUGAAGGAAACGAGGUCGACAGAAAACAAGCCAACAUCCGGCAUUGACACAAUCAAACUCAGUAUCUUUGGCCACCGGUUUAUGUCAAUCGCCGAGCAGAUGGGUCGGACACUGCAAAAAACCGCUGUUUCGACAAACAUCAAAGAACGACUUGAUUUUUCUUGUGCUCUGUUCUCACCUGAUGGUGGAUUGGUGGCUAAUGCGCCACAUGUUCCUGUCCAUCUUGGGUCGAUGCAGUUCGCUGUUCGGUAUCAGCACAAGAAGUGGCUGGGAAAUUUGAAGGAUGGCGAUGUUCUAGUGGCCAACCAUCCUAGCUGUGGUGGGACUCAUUUGCCUGAUAUCACUGUAAUCACACCUGUAUUCGACAAGCCCGGCGGCAGCGAGAUCAUGUUCUAUGUCGCCAGCCGAGGUCACCAUGCGGACAUUGGCGGUAUCCUACCUGGAUCCAUGCCGCCAAAGUCAACCGAACUCUGGCAGGAGGGUGCCGCCAUCGAGGGAGACAAGGUCGUCAGCAACGGGAAAUUCGACGAAGAACGGAUGGUUGAGCUGCUGGUCAAGAAGCCUGCACAAUACCCCGGAUGUUCCGGUGCGCGAUGUAUCACGGAUAACAUUUCUGACCUCAAAGCUCAGAUUGCCGCCAAUACUCGAGGAAUCACUCUUAUCCAAGCCCUCUUUGCUGAAUACGGUGUCCAGACUGUCCAAAAGUACAUGUACGCUAUCCAAGAAACAGCUGAAACAGCAGUCCGCAACCUCCUAAAGGACCUGUACCACCGAUUCGAAGGUAGGCCUCUAGAGGCUGUGGACUACAUGGAUGAUGGAACCCCUAUCAAACUCAAAGUUACGAUCAACGGUGACGAUGGGUCUGCUGUGUUUGACUUCGAAGGCACAGGCCCCCAGGUUUACGGAGCCUGGAACGCCCCAAUCGCAAUUACCCACUCAGCCAUUAUUUAUUGUCUUCGCUGCAUGAUCAAUGCAGACAUGCCGUUAAACCAAGGCUGUCUGGCACCCAUCGACAUCAAGGUCCCACCAUCCUGUCUCCUAUCACCAACAAAGAACGCAGCCGUUGUCGGUGGAAAUGUCGUCACUUCCCAACGCGUCACAGAUGUCGUAUUCAAGGCCUUCCGCGCUUGUGCCGCUUCCCAAGGAUGCUGCAACAACCUGACCUUCGGCAAAAACGCCAAGAAGGACCCGGAGAACGGCAACGAAAUCCCAGGAUUCGGCUACUAUGAGACAAUUGCCGGUGGCAGCGGGGCAGGACCGACCUGGGAUGGAGAGUCUGGAAUCCAUGUGCACAUGACGAACACUCGGAUCACGGAUCCUGAAAUAUUGGAGAAACGGUACCCGACCUUACUGCGUCAGUUCACACUGCGGUCGGGCUCUGGUGGGAAAGGUCAGCAUCCUGGUGGAGAGGGCGUGAUUAGGGAGAUAGAAUUCCUGACUCCCAUGGACUGCUCGAUCUUGUCUGAGCGCCGAGUUCAUCGGCCAUAUGGACUAGAGGGGGGCGAGAAUGCAGAGCCUGGAAUGAACCUCUGGAUCACGAAGGAUAAGGACACUGGGGAGGACCAUACAGUCAAUAUUGGUGGGAAGAAUACUAUCCAUGUCGAGACUCACGAUCGCAUUGUUAUAAUGACGCCUGGGGGUGGUGGUUGGGGGAAGUGA